UUUGUUUGGAUAACUGAUAACACAAAAGACAACGGUUCUGAAAUCUGUGACACGUCAUCAAUAUUUUCUCGGGGAAAGUACUCGUUACAUCAAUUUAACUAUUAACUUGUGAAUGAAUAACGUUGACUAGCCUUUUGUUUCUCCAACUAAACAGAACCAAAGAAAAUUAUAUAAUUUAUUAUGUCAAAUUCAUGUGAUUUCGCAACUAAAGCUAUCCACGUUGGUAAUGAAGCUGAUCAAUGGAAGUGCCACGCUGUGGUACCUCCUAUAUUUCUCUCUACGACGUUUGAAGAAAAAGAACCUGCAGUUACUUAUGCAAGGUUAUGAUUACUCAAGAGCAGGCAACCCAACUCGUGAAUGUUUUGAGAAAUGUAUAGCAUCCCUAGAAAAUGCUAAGCAUGGUAUACAAAUUCUUUUGAUGUGUUGCUCUGCAUCUGGCUUGGCAGCUCUAGCAACAAUCACACACUUGUUAAAAGCUGAUGAUCAUGUUGUUGUGUGUGAUGAUGUUUAUGGAGGAACAAAUCGAUACUUUUCGAAGGUUUCAACCAGAUUCAACUUAGAGAUCAGUAUGGUUGAUGUGACUGACAUCGAAAAAUUAAAGCUUGCCAUCAAGUCAAACACAAAGAUGGUAUGGAUCGAGACUCCUACAAAUCCUUUGUUGAAACUAAUUGACAUUCAAGCUGUGGCUGAUGUUGCUCAUAAACAUGAGGGAAUUCUUGUAGUUGUUGACAACACAUUUAUUACCCCAUAUUUUCAGAAUCCACUUGAACUUGGUGCAGAUAUUGUCACUCAUUCUAUCACAAAAUACAUCAAUGGACAUGCUGAUGUUGUCAUGGGUUUCAUUGCUACUAACAAUGACAUAAUUCAUGAGAAACUACGUUUUUUACAAAAUGCAAUGGGUGCUGUUCCUGGUCCCUUCAGCUGCUAUCUAGCUUUACGUGGAGUCAAGACGUUGCACUUGCGUAUGCGUGAACAUGAAAAGAAUGCAUUUGAAGUGGCAAGGUUUUUGAACACAUCACCACAUGUUAAAAAAGUUGUUUAUCCAGGUUUAGAAUCUCAUCCUCAACAUGAAUUGGCAAAAAAGCAAAUGUCAGGUUUUGGAGGCAUGGUCACUUUUUUUAUAAAUGGUGAUAUUGAAACGGCAAAGAGUUUUUUCAAACAUUCAAAGAUUUUCACUCUUGCUGAAAGUUUAGGCGGUUAUGAAAGUUUGGCUGAGCAUCCAGCUUUGAUGACGCAUGCUUCGGUACCUCAAAAUGAACGUGAAGUGCUUGGUAUUUCUGAUUCUCUGAUUCGUUUAUCUGUUGGCCUCGAAAGUGGUAAAGAUUUAAUUAAAGAUUUAGAUGAAGCUUUAAAAGCUGCUUGUGCUUGAACAUUACAUGUCAAACAUCAUGUUGGAUUUUGUGUUAUUCAUAUUCAAUAUAUAAUCUCAGUGAUAUCUUUCUGUCGUGACGUUUUUUGCUCACGAUAUAAAUCAACUGAACUCAAUGAAGAUGAAACUGGAUGGGGAAUAUGACAUAUUUUAGGAUUUUAAGGCGUAUUUACGUAUGUUUAUAUAGUAAAUAUUUACCAAAUAUCUAUAAAUAAAGCUGAUGAAAUAGUUUUUAUUUCCAGCUACACAUCCAUCCAUAUGUACGCUCUGCCUAUCUAUACUAAUGAUUUGCUUUUAUGUCAUCGUCUUAAUCGUCAUCAAAAUUAUAUUUUUCCUCUCUAUGAAA